AUGUGCCUGCGCCUGGGCGGCCUGAGUGUGGGGGACUUCCGGAAGGUGCUGAUGAAGACGGGGCUGGUGCUGGUGGUGCUGGGCCACGUGAGCUUCAUCGCGGCAGCCCUGCUCCACGGCACGGUGCUGCGCUACGUGGCCACCCCCCACGACGCCGUGGCUCUGCAGUACUGCGUGGUCAACAUCCUCUCCGUCGUUUCCGCCAUCCUGGUCAUCAUCUCGGGCAUCGCCGCCAUCGUGCUGUCACGCUACCUCCCCAGCAUCCCCCUGCGCUGGGCCGUCUUCAGUUCGAGUGUGGCCUGUGCCCUCCUCUCUCUGACCUGCGCGCUCGGACUCUUGGCCUCCAUCGCCGUGACCUUUGCCACCCAGGGCCGGGCGCUGCUGGCCGCCUGCACUUUUGAGAACCCGGAACUGCUGGCCCUGGCCCCUGACUGUCCCUUCGACCCCACGCGCAUUUACAGCUCCAGCCUGUGCCUCUGGGGCAUCUCCCUCGUGUUCUGCAUGGCCGAGAGCGUGUUUGCUGUGCGGUGCUCUCAGCUCGCCCACCAGCUGCUGGAGCUGCGGCCCUGGCUGGGGGAAAGCAGCCACCACAUGAUGCAGGAGAGCCCGGAGCCCGUGGAGAGCCAUGACCUGAUGGGCUGCCCCAGCUCCGCCCCGCUGACCCUCUGA